UUUCCGCCUUUCCGGUCAGUUGCCGGUGACACCGGGGAGAGGAGGGAGCGCUACGGCGGCCGGAUGGCUUCAUUUCAGAGAUCAAACAGUCAUGACAAAGUUCGAAAAAUUGUGGCAGAGGAAGGGCGCACUGCCAGAAACCUGAUUGCAUGGAGUGUCCCUCUGGAAAGUGAAGAAGGGAAAUCCAAGUGGCCAUGUGGCAAACCUAAGAGGGGAACCCACAGAGCCCACAAAUCUUCCAAACAGAACAACUCCUUGCAUUGCAAACUAAAUGUUGGAUCCACAGCAGACAAAAUCCAGGACAAAAGCCCAACAAAGACAAGACUACCUCGGAAGGUUGACCUGCGAGCACGAUACUGGGCAUUCCUAUUUGACAAUCUCAGGAGAGCAGUGGAUGAAAUUUAUGUGACAUGUGAAUCAGACCAAAGUGUUGUUGAAUGCAAGGAAGUGCUAAUGAUGCUGGAUAACUAUGUGAGAGAUUUCAAGGCUCUUAUUGACUGGAUUCAACUUCAGGAAAAGCUGGAGAAGACUGAUGCUCAGAGCAGGCCUACCUCUUUGGCAUGGGAGGUGAAGAAAAUGUCUCCAGGACGGCACGUUUUGCCCAGUCCAUCUUCGGAUAGAGUGAGCUCAACUUCUAGUGCAAGAAGGGCACUCAAUUUUGGGGGACCUCCUCUCAGUAUUACACCUGGGCGAAUGACUCCCUCAGGUGUCAGUUGGGCUGAUAAGGUGAAAGCCAAUCACAGAAAUUCCACAAAUAAUCAACCUACAGAGAUUGUUCAUCUAUGCUCAGCAGUGCCUGUACAGAAAACACUUAAUGAAAAUGAUCGGAUGGAUGGGGAAGGCUGGGAGACAGUACAGCGAGGAAGGCCUAUCCGCUCCAGAUCUUCAGCUAUGACAAACAAGCCUGCUUCUCCUCCAGAUGUAAGACUUCCACAGAAGGAUGACAGUGACAAAGAAAACAUCUGUUUCAAGUCUCCAGAGGAUACCAUGAAAGAGACAUCAAAGUCAGAACACCCUCCUGUACUUGUGGAACCUCCACCUAAAGAAUUACUAUGUCCAUGUGAAAUUCCCCUGACAGAAAUUACACAGUUCACUGUCCACAACGCCUUAGAAGAAAUAAAGACAACAGGAUCCUUUACUUCCAAGUCAGCCCCAUCGCUGCCCUGUCUGGACAUUCCAGUUGUGUUCCUGGACCCCCUUUCUAGGAUAAAAAAUGUGAAUGUCAUCUGCUCUCCUGACCCAGCAGAGGGAGAGAAAAGUGGUACUGAUAUGGAUCUUUCAAACGUGAGUGCUGGAAAAUUGUCCAUGGCAGAGGUGCUUGCCAAAAAGGAAGAGCUUGCAGACCGCCUGGAGAAAGCUAAUGAAGAGGCCAUAGCAAGUGCUAUAGCAGAGGAAGAGCAAUUAACCAGAGAAAUUGAGGCAGAGGAAAAUGACAUUGAAAUAGACAAUGAAAGUGAUUUCUCUGCCAGUGUGGGUAGCGGUAUGUCAUUAAACGGGACGUCUAUGGACUGGAACGAAGUUUUAGCAGAUUAUGAAGCUCGUGAGUCAUGGAGACAGAACACAUCCUGGGGAGAUAUGGUGGAAGAGGAACCAUCAAGACCACCGGGGCAUGGAAUCCACAUGCAUGAAAAGCUGUCUUCACCUUCCAGAAAAAGAACAAUCGCCGAGUCCAAAAAGAAGCACGAAGAGAAGCAGCUAAAAGCACAACAGCUGAGAGAGAAGCUAAGGGAAGAGAAAACUCUAAAGCUUCAGAAAUUACUGGAAAGGGAAAAGGAGGUGAGAAAGUGGAAAGAGGAAUUACUGGAACAGAGGCGCAAAAUGAUGGACGAGAAGCUGCUCCAUGCAGAAUUUAAAAGGGAGGUUCAGUUACAAGCCAUUGUGAAAAAGGCGCAAGAAGAGGAAGCUAAGGUAAAUGAGAUUGCAUUCAUUAACACCUUAGAAGCUCAAAACAAGCGCCAUGAUGUGUUGGCUAAGUUGAAGGAGUAUGAGCAAAGGCUCAAUGAGCUGCAGGAGGACAGACAGCGACGACAGGAGGAGAAACAAGCCCGAGAUGAAGCUGUACAGGAACGUAAGAGAGUGCUGGAAGCAGAACGUCAGGCCCGGGUUGAGGAGCUGCUGAUGAAGAGAAAGGAACAGGAAGCUCGUAUAGAAAUGCAGAGACAAGAAAAGGAACGUGCAAGGGAAGGCGCAGCUAGGGAGAGAGCCAGGGACAGAGAAGAAAGGUUGGCAGCCUUGACUGCAGCACAGCAAGAGGCAGUGGAGGAGCUGCAAAAGAAAAUCCAGCUAAAGCAUGAUGAGAGUGUGCGAAGACACCUGGAACAGAUUGAACAGCGGAAAGAGAAGGCAGCAGAGCUGAGCAGUGGCAGACAUGCAAACACAGACUAUGCUCCUAAACUCACCCCAUAUGAGCGAAAAAAGCAGUGCAUGCUUUGUACCGUAAUGAUUUCCUCUGAAGUUUACCUAUUCAGCCAUAUUAAAGGAAAAAAACACCAGCUAGCAGUACGAGAGAACAGCAGCAUCCAGGGCCGGGAAUUGUCAGAUGAAGAAGUGGAGCAUCUUUCUUUGAAGAAAUAUAUAGUGGAUAUUCUAGUAGAAACUGCACCUCCUGCCGAACCUGUAAAGGAGGUCGAAGAGAAGCAAAAAAAUAAAAAGAAAGCUAAAAAGUUGAAGACCCGCAUGAAUUCCAGAGCUAAAGAAUAUGAGAGCACCCUGGAGGCUAAAACCCCUGUGUCUGACUCUCCGUACAAAGCUAAAUUGCAGAGACUUACCAAAGACCUUCAGAAACAACUGCAAACUCAGGACACUGGGAUUUGGGCCACCAAUAAAGUGUCCACUCUAGACAGAGCUUUAGGGGAAGUCUCACGGAUCUUAGAAAAGCAGAAUGCUUCUGAUCAAAUUUCCUUUCGGGCUGCUGGCGGGCUGACGGUCGUAGAACAGAUUCUGCAAACUGCCACACCUGUGUGUAGCCCCAGCACAUCUACCCGCAUUCCUUUUAAGUCACUGUGCAAUGCUGUGAAUCUCUAUACAUUAACAUGCAGUAAUUGUCCGGAGAAUUGCACCUAUGUCCUCAUGAGCAGUAAGGUCACCUUCCUUAUAGAGCUUCUUAUACAGCAGCUGACGUUAUUUGUCCCAGAUGAUGACAAGACCUGCCAAGGAAAAAGUGUUAACAAGCAGACCUUUGAUAGUCUGACCACAGGACUCCUCCAGCUAUGCUGUAAAAUAUUCUCAUGUCUAACAGCAAGUUCUCCAGCUGGAUGUGGACAGAAAGAAGCCCUCAAAACAAAGCCUGAAGCCAAAACCAAGAUGUCUCCAAAUGAUGCUUUCAAUGGACGCAUCCAGGACAUCAUCAGCUACACUGUUAAUAUUGGUCUGAUUGACAAGCUAUCCAGCUGCUUUCUUUCUGUACAAGGUCCACUCGAUGAAAAUCCCAAAAUAUCUUUGUUCCUGCAGGCGGCCACUGCUUUGCUACAUGAACUGUGCAGGCUGUGUAUUUCUGUGUCUGGCAACUCGUGGGACAUAUUUGAAAGUUCUCAGGAUCCUUCAGGACUCUCUGCAGUACUACAAAAUUCAGAUCUUGUGGGCGUCUUACAUAUGUUAUACUGUGCUUUAUUUAAUAAUUCCUCCUCUGAGCCAAGUGUUUCCAACUCCAAAGAAACGUAUGAGCAGAACACUAUCCAAGUGGCAAUACACGGCCUUCGGUUUCUUAACAGCUUUGCUACACUUCACCUCCAGUCCUUUCAGUCUGUUGUAGGAGCAGAGGGUCUUUCUCUUGCUUUCCGACAUGUGAUCAGCUCCCUGAUUUGGUUCUGCACUCAGUACACAUGCGAGGAACUUCUUCAUGAAAUCAUUGUGUGUGUUGGAUACUUCACAGUGAAUAAUCUGGACAAUCAGGUCAUUGUCCAGUCUGGCCGUCACCCCACUGUUCUUCAGAAACUUUGCCAGCUCCCCUUCCAGUAUUUUAGUGACUCCCGGCUGGUCCGGCUGCUAUUUCCAACACUGAUUGCCGCCUGCUACAACAACCCUCAGAAUCGACUGAUUUUGGAACAGGAGUUAAGCUGUCAGCUGCUUGCCACUUUCAUUCAGGACUGUUUGCAAGGAUCAAGUCAUCCCAUCAGUAGGACGUCUCCACACAAAGAUUAUUUCCAGCAGUACCUUGAAUUCUCUUCCCGUUUCCCACGUCAUUGCUGGGAGCCCUCUCGUCUGUUUUUCAUAAAAAAAGAUUGAAUUGCAAUAUUAAUUUUUAAUGUUUUAAUCUGGGGCAGUUGGUUAUAGAUCCAAGCCUCCUCCUACUACAUGUACAGAAUUGACUCAUGUAAAAUAAUAUAAUAUGCUAUGUGUAAAAAUGCUCCAUAUUGUUAUUGUGCACUAUUUAUAUGUUGAUUGUGUAGAUACAUUGUGCUGUGAGAUUUUGCUUGCAUGCGAAGAUAAACUUGGCCAAUCCUUUUUAUACUUCUCCGCUGAAUACAAAAGGAAUCUUGCCUUGCACAUUGUUUACAAAAAAGCUGCAGAUUACC